UCACGGUACUCGCCUACGAAGCGACCAACAAAUUAAAUUCUCGAAAGCAAAAUGGCCACCGUCGAAACACCACUGCUAUUGGACACCGUCGGUGGUGUUGUCGACUACAAAGGCCGUCCGGUCCUCCGAUCAAACACUAGCGGUUGGAGGUCCGCAUCUUUCAUCAUCGGUGUGGAAGUGGCGGAGCGGUUUGCGUUUAAUGGGAUCAGCUGCAACCUUAUAACAUAUUUGACGGGGCCGCUGGGGCAGUCAACGGCCACAGCGGCCGAGAACGUCAACGUGUGGAUCGGCACGGCGGCGCUGCUUCCUCUUUUGGGUUCGUUUGUGGCCGAUUCAUUUCUGGGCCGCUACCGCACUAUUGUCAUUGCUUCUCUCAUCUACAUCCUCGGACUGGGGUUGUUGACUCUGUCGGCUAUGCUUCCUUCUCUAAGCACUUCUUCUGACAACUUAGACACCAAAAUCGUACUGGGUUCUUCAAAUCAGCUCCAAGAAAUCUUAUUCUUUGCAUCUCUGUAUAUAGUAGCUGUUGGGCAGGGGGGGUUCAAGCCUUGUGUUCAGGCUUUUGGGGCGGAUCAGUUUGAUGGGCAAGAUCCAGACGAGUGCAGAGCCAAAAGCUCAUUCUUCAAUUGGUGGUUCUUUGGUGUAUGUGCGGGUGCCGCAGUAACAACAGCGAUAAUGAGCUAUAUACAAGACAACCUUAGCUGGGGCCUAGGAUUUGGAAUACCCUGUAUUGUGAUGAUCUUUGCUUUGGGCGUCUUUUUGAUUGGCACUAGGACUUAUCGGUAUAGUGAGAAAGGGAAGGAGAAAAGCGCAUUUGUGAGAAUUGGUCGUGUUUUUGUUGCCGCACUGAAGAACAACUGGCGGACCACCCCUUCCACUGUAGCUACUGAAGGGGAGGAAGUUUGUAGAGCCCUCCCGCACCAUAAUAGCUCCCAACAAUUCAAGUUCCUCAACAACGCCUUGCUGUCUUCAGAUGCUUCAAAAGAAGAAGGCGAGGUUUGUACCGUCAAUGAGGUUGAAGAAGCAAAGGCAGCUCUUAGGCUUGUUCCAAUUUGGGCAACGAGUUUGGGAUACAGCAUUGUGUAUGCACAAACCUCAACUUUCUUUACAAAACAAGGGGCUACCAUGGACAGAACAAUUUUCUCGGACUUUGACAUACCAGCUGCUGCACUACAAUGCUUUAUUGAACUAACCAUUGUACUCUUCAUUCCAGUAUAUGAUUGCAUGUUUGUUCCUAUAACAAGAGCUUUCACCAGGAAGCCUAAUGGCAUCACGAUGUUGCAGAGAAUUGGAACUGGGAUGGUUAUAUCUAUCAUCAGCAUGGUUGUUGCAGCUCUAAUUGAGAUGAAAAGGCUCAAAACAGCUCAAGAGUAUGGGCUGGUUGAUAUGCCGGAUGUGACCAUUCCAAUGAGUAUUUGGUGGUUAGUUCCUCAAUAUGUUUUGUGUGGAAUUGCUAAUGCUUUCACCUUGGUUGGUCAACAAGAAUUCUUCUAUGAUCAGGUCCCAGUUGAACUGAGGAGUGUGGGUAUCGCCCUCUAUCUCUGUACUAUUGGUGUUGGGAGUUUUUUAAGCAGCUUUCUUGUUUCCAUAAUUGAGGAAGCAACUAGCAAGGAUGGCCAAAAUAGUUGGUUUGCUGAUAAUCUGAACAAGGCACAUCUUGACUAUUUUUAUUUGGUGCUUGCUGGAAUCAGUGUAGUUGCAUUCGUUGCAUACUUGUAUUUUGCAAGAUCUUACAUUUAUAAUAGGCAAAGUACAAGGUGA